AUGCCACAAGUACCUUCUCAUUCCCCCGCCACAGGACUACCCACCCCACCCCACUACAUCCACACCUCUUCAGCCUUCUUCCAAGAUACCUCUGGUCGAUCUCUCCUACUACGCGGUGUCAACCUCUCUUCAUCCUCCAAAACACCUCAUAAUCAACCCUCAUGGUCUCUCGAAAAUUUCUGGGAAGAUGGUGAAGCUGGAAAAGCGGAAUAUAUCGGACGACCUCUGAAUCUCGAAGAUGGAACUGCCGAUGUCCACCUCGCUCGACUGCGCGCCUGGGGGUUUAACAUGCUUCGAUACGUGUUCACUUGGGAGGCGUUGGAACAUGAAGGUCCGGGGAAGUAUGAUGAAGAUUACAUGGAUUACGUCGUGAGAGUGUUGAGGAAAUGCAAGGAAUGGGGAUUCAGAGUUUUCAUGGAUCCUCAUCAGGAUGUUUGGUCUAGAUUUUCAGGAGGGUCAGGAGCUCCACUUUGGACUAUCUACGCUUGUGGUAUAGAUCCACGUCAUAUAACCCCCACUUACGGAGCGUUAUUGCAUAAUGAAUACCCUCAACCGUCCCAGUUCCCCUCAAUGAUCUGGAGUACGAAUUAUACUCGUCUGGUUUCUCAGACCAUCUUCACACUUUUCUUCGCUGGACGGAUGUUCGCUCCCAAAUGCGUCAUCGACGGAAUGAACAUACAAGAUUAUCUACAAGAUCAUUUCAUUCGAGCCUGCGAAAAAUUAGCCAUGAAGAUCGCUGAAGCUGGGGAUUUAUAUGAUUCUUGCGUGAUUGGAUGGGACAGUAUGAACGAACCUGGUGAAGGUAUGAUCUGUAAAGGUGAUUUGUCGGUAGUUCCAAGAGAUCAACAAUUGAAGAAAGGCGUAACUCCCAGUCCAUUUGAGGGCAUGAGACUUGGCAUGGGUCAAGCGGUGGAAGUUGAUAAUUGGGCUUUUGGUCCGUUGGGACCUUACAAAAUUGGUAAAGAAGUAUUGAAUCCUAAAGGGACGAAACUGUGGCUUGAACCAGAUGAAGAGGAAAGUAGAGGUGGUGGAAAAUGGGGUUGGAAGAGAGGUGAAUCUUGGCAGCUUGGGAUCUGUGUCUGGGCAUUACAUGGAGUUUGGGAUCCUGUAUCAUCAAGAUUAUUGAUACCAAAAUACUUCGACACCCCUCCCAAAGAACCCUCUCGUGCGCUUGAUUUUGUUGAAGAUUUCUUUCGACCUCAUUACAUCACCUACGCAGCUAAUGUUCGAUUACAUCAUCGAGAAGCUAUCCUCUUUAUCCAAGCACCAGUCUUCCAUCCUCCUCCUCAUAUCCCAGAAGAAGUUCUCAGAGGUCGAGCAUGCAAUUCUCCUCAUUAUUACGAUGGUCUGACAUUAAUGACGAAACAUUUCAAUUUUUUCAAUGCCGACGCAUUAGGGUUGAUCCGGAAGAAAUAUUGGAGUGUCAUUCAGGCUGUGAGAGUGGGUGAGGGGAAUAUCAGGAAAAGUAUACAAGAACAAUUGGGUAUCUUGAAACAAGACACUAAGGAUGUGAUGGGGGAUUAUCCAACUUUGAUAGGAGAGAUUGGAUGUCCUUAUGAUAUGGACGACAAAAAAUCUUAUGGUUAUACCGAAGGAGGUAAAUACGCAGGCGAUUAUUCAUCUCAACAAAGAGCUUGGGAUUGUUCUCUGAACGCUACAGAUGGUCCUAAUUGUCUUUCAUACACUUUAUGGACAUAUUGUCCUGAUAAUUCACAUGAAUGGGGAGAUCAAUGGAAUGGUGAAGAUUUAUCUAUUUGGUCAUCGGAUGAUAUCAUAAACCCGGAUUUUCUUUAUUCCGACGAAACGAAAUCUAAAUCUCAAAUUACUUUAUCCCUAAAUAAUCCAUCCGACUCCAUCCCCACUUUAUCAUAUUCAACACUUACUUCAAAACCUCAAACUACCAUCUCAUCAAUAUCCACUUCCAACCUUUCUCACUCUCCGACGUUCUUCGAUCCCAUUCACACACCCACGAUGAUAGAAUCAGGAUUUUUUUCAUCUUCUUUAAUCAUAGACGGUGCAAGAGCACCCGCAGCUUUCUCAAGACCAUAUCCAAUGAAAACAGUAGGAAUACCAACAAAAUUAGAAUUUGAUAUUUCUUCAACCCGAUUCACACUCAAUAUCAACGUGACUAAAGUUGAUUCGAUAGAAGGAGGUUUCACAGAGAUUUAUUUACCUUUUAUACAUUAUGCUUCUUCUCUUUCUAAACAAACUCUUCUUUCUCAAAACCAGAACCAAAUCCAAAAUGAUGAUGAUAAAGCGGAAGAAAGGGAAGAAGAAGAAUUGAAAAGAUCAUCUUCAACUUCUAAACUCCUAGAUCUAGAUGGUAUUUCCGAUCCAACUUUAGAUGAUAAACAGAAACUCACCAUUGCCGAAGUGGACCAAAAUGGUUUAAAGUUAAAUGUCGAGGUUGUUAUCUCUAUUGGGACAUACGAAAUCAUCGGUCAAACUUUAUAUUGGAAAUAUCCCAUACCAACUCUCGAUUCACAAGAUAUUUCGAUUCAAGUGAUUAGGAAAGGUGGAGCUAUUAAGAGAAAUGAGAUUUAUGGAGAGUCGUUAGGAGAUAAAGAAAAAUCUUGGAAAGAUGUAAUGAGGAUGAUCAAGGAUUUAAAGAUAGAUUUAUUUUCUGUGGCUCCUUAA